GUCGUUGUUGCGGUUGGUUGUAAAUCGGUUGGACGGUGCACGAGGUUAACGUUUUGGUGUUUUUCAACGUUUUCCGCAGCAUGGGUGUUUGAAAAGAUGGGAAUCUCUUCACGUCUUCAGCAGCGCAGCAUUGUCGGCUUUUCACCAUCUCAUCCUAAUCAACGUUCCCGAUACCACUAUAGAUAAGCAGACGCGUUCUCUGCUAGUGGGUUCGCGCGCUACUCUCGUGACGGCACGUUCACUCAUCUCCGCUCAUUCUUGUUUGUUCCUCGGGUUCCAAUCGUUUUAAACUCACUUGUCUUUCGAGCUGAACUGAGCAGCACUGCAGAUGUCCUCAUAAAGAUGGAGCCGUUUACAUCUUGAAAGGAGCUCCUUCUUUACCAGCGCAUCUUGCAGUGUCUGUCUUCGUCGGCGCCUCACGAUGGAUAACGGCUGGUACGAUUCGGCUGUAGCCGCCGCCGCCGGCUCCGAGGAAGCAGCGCCAGCCUCACCCCUGUCCAUGCGAAUGUCCAAUCGGACGAUAGACGAAGGGUUGGACUUUGGGCAUGGCGACGGUGCGAGCGCUGAGUCGAAAACGUCGAUGGCGGCAAAGCGCGUGGCCGAAGAAGCUGCGGGCUGUGGCGGCAGCGAGAAGUCCCCGCCAUCGAAGCAGGCGCGCUACGACGGUGCGUCUUCAUCAGACAACGCGUACGCCUGCAGAGGUGACCUACCCUCGACGUCGUCUCUGGGGGGCGACGCGUGCUUCCAGGACGAUGACAUGGUCGACAGCUUCGGCGAGCAAAGUCGCAGCCAGGGUGCGAGCGGCUACGAUGCGGGUACGGCGACGGCAGAUCAGCAGCAGGGGAGCAACAACGACCGCUCAGCCGCUGUCAUGAGCUUCGACAUUUUGGACGAAGUGGGUCGUGGCGACGAGGAAGACGUGGAGGACGAAGACAGCGCGAACAACGGCGGCAGCGGCGGGCCCGGCGAAGAGGAGGAGGCCACUGAAAGCGACAUCUCGGACGACGAGAUUGAGGCCAUGCUCGAGGCGGGCAUGCACUCGCCCGGCAAGCCAGAGAUCGAAGUAGACGAUGACGUCGCGCAUGAGGUCAAGGAGAAGGUGAUCCUGAAAGUGCGUGGACAUGACCACUUCGAAGUACUGCCGGAAGGUUGGAUCCAGGUGACUCAUAACAGCGGGAUGCCCGUCUACCUCCACAAACAGUCCAGAGUGUGCACGCUGGCCAAGCCGUACUUUCUCGGUCCUGGCAGCAUUCGGAAACACGAAGUGCCCAUCUCUGGCAUCCCCUGCCUCCACUACAGGAGGGAGAAGGAGAAGGAAGAGCAGUGUCCGGUCACAAACGGAGUGUCGGAAGGGAGCGAAGGGUUGUCGGGAAAGAUGGCUGAGCUGGCGGGUCGAAUUCCUAUGGCGAAGGUGGAGAGUGUGAAGGAGAGCCAGAAGGAACAGUCACUAGAUGCUCUGGCAUUUCGAGAGUACUGUGAGAAGGUGUUCGACUUUCAGACCCUUCAGCUGCGAAAGUUCAAGACUUGGGCCGGUCGUCGCAAACACAAAAAGAAGCUGAAGCAGAUGCAGCGCCCCAUGCUUCCGGAAAGUACAAAGCUAAUCAUGUGUUCACUGCCGCCUACUUCAGACACAAGCCAAAUCACCAGUGGUCAUUCCAAGAGAGAAUUCAUCAUGAACCCAAGCGGGAAAUCAAACGUGUGCAUUCUUCAUGAAUACGUGCAACACGCCAUGAAAACACAGCCUCAGUACAAAUUCAAGGAACUCGAGAGCUCAAGCAUGCCGUACAAGGCCACCGUGGUCAUUGGUGAGAUGGAGUACGGCUCUGGCUUCGGAAGCAGCAAAAAGCAAGCCAAGUCGGAAGCAGCCAAAGCAGCACUGUCAGUUCUCAUCCCGCAAAUGAGGGACACCAACCAGAAAAACGAAAAGGGCGAGGACUCCCCCCAGGAUGUUACCUUCUUUGACAACAUCAAAGUGGAAGACCCACGCGUGAAUGACCUGUGUGCGAAGACUGGCCAGCUGUCUCCUUACCAGAUUCUUCUAGAAUGCCUCAAAAGAAACUACGGCAUGGGGGACACAGAAAUCAAGCAGGAGAUGAGAAACAUGAAGCACCAGCGAAAUGAGUUCAUGAUGUCGGUUGGCAAGCACUCGGCUAGUGUAAUUUGCAGAAACAAGAAGGACGGGAAGCAAAGGGCGUCACAAGCAAUUCUUCAAGCCUUGCAUCCCCACAUCAUGUCAUGGGGCUCACUACUCAGGCUUUAUGGAAAGGGCUCCUGCAAGACACUCAAGGAAAAGAAGGAAGAAGAGCAGCGCAUCACGGAAUUGCAAAGCAAGGCUAGUGCCAACAGACCCAACCUGUGCAUCCUCAAUAAGCUCAAGGAAGAAAUGUUGAAGAUCAAGGAGCGGAGGGAGUCGGUGAAGCCCAUCGGCAAGUUUAUUCCUCAAGAGGCGGAGUUUCCAUCAAUGUCGGCAGUGGAUCUGAAAGUUCUCGACAUGUGACUCUUCCGCCGCAGUUGUAGUCAAGCGUAUUCUGGUCACGCAUAUUUCUUGUCUCAUCGCGACCGAGUUCUAGCACAAACGUCCGUU